ACGCUGUGAAUCUGCGAGUCUAAAAGGGCGAAGAUUGGGGGUAAUUGCUCGAUCAUUUACAGAUAAGCGGGCUGACUGACUACAUCAAAGCGAGGCGCAGCACGCCUCCUUGUCAAGUUACAGCACAAGGUUGUUUCAUAACGCUGAAGUUGACUUGUGAGAGGAAGUCUUUUUUUCCCUCUCUCUUUUUUUGGGAAACAGAGCCUCCUUGUCGUCGCAAAGACGUGGACGGGGUGGGGUGAUCUUCAACUCAUUAGCGGAUCCCAACCCAUUGGGUAAAGGUGAAUGCACAUGCGUACCCAUGCAGAUCCGUUCGAAGAGCAGUCUUUCUCUAGUGCAGAAAGAGAGGAAAGUCGGUGGAUGAGGCGAGGCCGAAAACGAUUGCGGAAAACUUGCAUUCUUCUGCUUGACAUUCUCUUUCUACUCCUUUCGAUAUUUCUUUUCCUUAGACUCUUCAACACUCACGGCAUUUUUGGGAGUUCAGUUCUAGUCGUUUGCUCAUUACACUCGAUACCAGGCUCGGGGACAGAGAGCCGAGACCCUUUCCCACGAUCCCAAUCACCGCAACUCCUCCACGGGGGUCAAUCUGAAAGUAACAAUAAUGCCAUCACUCAUCUCAUCUCUGGCAACGGCGCUAUUACUGGUCUCUGGAAUUUGCGCCAUUCCACAGGGACCAUCUGGAGCCGAGAGUGGGAUCGUAAGCGCGGUAUCGGCAGCCUCGGUAUCAACGGCAGGCGUAGCCGUCUCUCAAGCAACAACAGCAUCACCGUCAACGAGCAACGCCGCCAGUGGUAUCUCUGCCUGUAACAACUCACCGUUGCUUUGCGAUCGGGCCUACAACAAUGUCACUCACAUGGGCGCGCACGAUUCGUCCUUUCUCCGUGAUGCGAGCACCAGUGACAGCUUAGCCGGCAAUCAGUAUUUCAACGCAACAGUCGCCCUCGACGCCGGUAUCAGACUGCUCCAAGCCCAAGUCCACGAUGUCAACGGGACACUCCAACUAUGUCACACCAGCUGCAGCCUGCUAGACGCAGGGCCACUCCAAGACUGGCUGGCCAAGAUAAAGUUCUGGAUGGACAAUAACCCCAACGAGGUGGUGACGAUCUUGCUCGUCAACUCCGACAACAAGCUCGUUUCCGACUACGCCGCCGUGUUCGAGGGAUCCGGUAUCUCUACUUACGGCUACCAACUGAGCAACGGCAGCUCAGCCAGCAACACCUGGCCCACGCUAGGAGACAUGAUCACCUCCAACAAGCGCCUGGUCACCUUCAUCGCCUCCAUCGACUACUCGCCCACCUACCCGUACCUGCUAAGCGAGUUCGACCAUGUCUUCGAAACCGCGUACAACGUCCUCAGCCUGAGCGGGUUCAACUGCACCCUGGAUCGGCCCAAGGGACAGGGUUCGGCAGGGGACGCUAUCUCGGCGGGGUUGAUGCCGUUGAUGAACCACUUCGCGGACAGCCUGCUUUUGCAGGGCGUCCAGAUACCGGACGAGACGGACAUCGACAUUACCAACAGCCCGGAUACUUCCACCACGGGAAACCUGGGCUUGCACGCUGAUACCUGCGUCAAGCAGUGGGGAGUGAAGCCGACGUUUAUCUUGGUAGACUUUUUUGAUCACGGGCCGGCGAUCGAUACGGCCGAUCGGUUGAAUGGGAUCACGGCCACAGGGAGGAAGUCGGUGUCCGGGGAGAGUAAGGGGAACACGAGCGGCGCGGGGGAGAAUCAUUCGCCGAUGGGCAUGAAUGUCGCGCUGAUUGCUUUUGUGGUCUUUGCUCUGGCGAUGGUAUAGAUGAUGUUAUUUGUUAAAACCUGAGUGCUAGAAUAAUUUGUUUUGAAGAAGCUCAUGCGCAUGGUCACCUUGGCGUUGGGCGUAAUUUAUGUUCGAGGGUGUAAUUGGUGCUUUGGGGUGAAGGUAGACUGGCCUGAUCAAACUGGCCUGCGGCCUGACUAAUUGGAUCGACAAUCGAACUUGCUUAAUGACAAUCAGUACGGGUAUUACACGAGAGCCGGUGAU